AAAUAACUUCUCUCUCAUUCUCUUCCCCCUUCUCUCUAGAGUCUAGCCAUGGCCGACAACUUCUCAUGUAUAAUAGGAGCCAUGGAUCGUCUUUGGUUUCACCAGACUGUUCUUUACACAGAACCCUUUUCACUAUUUUCCCAUAAAACCCUUAAGCCACAGCAGCCCUACUCGGAAUCUCCCGGCGGCACAACUCCAAUAUCAAGCCGAUCUGAAUCAUCUCUUGCAGAAGAAAAUUUCUCAGCGUCUAUUUGCCCUAUCCCUGACCAUGAACAAUUAACUCCAUCGGUAGAAGAAGAAGAAGGUGAAGAAGAGAAAGUGGAGAAAAGAGCUAGAAGAGGGAGUGUUAGCUCCAGAAGCCGUUCACAAUCUUCAUCUCCAUCAUCUCAAAAGAAUCAAAGGAAUCACAGGCACUCAACUUCAUGUGCAAUAGGGGGUAAACUAUGGAAAUCCACGAGUUGUAAGAGCUUGAAAGAGUUGGAACUGGAAGAAGUAAAAGGGUUCAUGGAUCUCGGUUUCAUAUUCAAGAAAGAACAUUUAGAUUUAAGAAUGAUUAACGUUGUCCCCGGCUUGCUCAGGCUCGGAUUUUUCGAAACCGAUUCGAAUCUCGCUGCCGAUGGUAUCGGAAAACAAGAGGAAAACGGUGUUAUGAGACCGUAUUUAUCAGAGGCUUGGCUGAUCAAAAGACCUGAUUCACCAUUGCUGAAUCUGAAAUUACCAAGGGUGUCUGCAGCUGCUGAUAUGAAGAAACAUCUCAAGUGUUGGGCUCAAACUGUUGCGUACGUAGUACAGCAAGAAUGCUAAGAGUAAAUUAAGCCUAGCUGAUGAAACUGUAAAAAGAGAAACUGUAAUGAGAGAGAGUAUAUAAAUAAAGAUUAGCCAAAGCUCUUUUUGUCA